AAUAUGUUCUCUUUGAUUGUUGUAUUCUUGACUCUGAAGCUUUCCUUUCUUUAUUGCUGUUUGAAUAACCCCAAUUGCUUUUGGAGAACAAAAGACACAGAUCGUUAUUUUGGAGACAUGGAACUUGAUUGCUUCUUUUUCAUUUAUACAAAGCACGGUUAUGUGAAGAAUGAUUACUACAGUGGGAAUCUAGACGAGUGGGUGACAGAUAAGACCAUCCACUUGAUUUCCUCUGUUUAUUUUGCCAUUGAAGAAAUCAAUAGGAACAUUUAUAUUUUACCUAAUAUUUCUCUACUAGUUAACAUUCAAUGUAACACAAGGAAAAAUAUUGAGAUAAGAAAUUGGUUCUUUAAUAAAAAGAAAAUUAUUCCUAAUUACUACUGUAAAAAUCAGAGAAGAUAUUUAAUUGUACUUGCGGGACCUCUAUGGAAAGCAUCUUAUGAACUUGGACCAAUCCUGUACUUCUCCAGAACUCCAGAGCUUUACUGUGGUUAUUAUAAUUUCCGUCUAAGUGACCAGGAACAAUUUCCUCAUCUCUACCAGAUGUCCCCCAAAGACACAUCUCUACCAUUAGCCAUGGUGUCCCUAGCAGUUCACUUCAGGUGGAACUGGGUAGGACUGGUCAUUAAAGAAGAUGAGCAUGGAAUUCAAUUCCUUUCUGAAUUAAGAACAGAAAUGAAGAGAAACAUUGUCUGCUUAGCUUUUGUCACUAUAAUCCCAAAUGAUGUGCAGAAACCCUUUAAACACUAUCAUGAAUAUUAUGAACAAAUCAUAACGUCAACAGCAAAUGUUGUGAUUGUCUACGGGGAUAAAGAAUCUCCUUUACAAUAUGCCUUGAUGCUAUGUCAAUCUGAAGACUUUCCGAGACUCUGGGUCAGUGUCUCACAAUUUGAUAUGAUCACAAAAACAGGAGAUUUCCUGCUUAACUCCAUUCAUGGAACUCUUAUUUUUUCACAUCAGCAUUCUGAGAUACCUGGUUUUAAACAAUUUAUGCAGACAGCGUACCCUUUAAACUACAGUAAUGACAUUUCUUUUGCUAAUAUGUGGUGGACUUACUUUAAGUGUUCUUUGCCACCACCUAAUUGUAUAACACUGAAGAACUGUACAACCGAAACACUGUUUAAAUGGAUUUCUGUGCCACACCUUGGAAUGUCUAUGAGUGAAACAUGUUUUAGCUUAUACAAUGCUGUGUAUGCUGUGGCCCACUCACUUCAUGAGAUGCAUCUUCAACAAGCAGACACAUUCUCAGAGAAUGAUGAAAAGUUACUGGAAUUUAACCCUUGGAAGAUGUUCUCUUUUCUGAAGACCAUACAAUUUGAAAACCCUGUUAGAGACCUAGUAAACAUGAACCAGAAUAGAAAACUGGAUACAGACUAUGAUAUUUUUUAUAUCAUGGAUUUCCUAGACCGAUAUGGACUUAAAAUGAAAAUCGGAAGAUUUUCUGGUCAUUUUCCAAAUGGUGAACAACUGUUUCUGUCUGAUGAAAUGAUAGAGUGGACUGCAGACAUCAAGAAGACAUUAGCCUCCAAAUGCAGUGUGCCUUGCAGACCAGGACUCAGAAAAUUCUUUCAGGAGGGAAAGGAUGUCUGCUGUUUUGAUUGUUACCCUUGUCCAGAAAAUGAAAUUUCUAACAUGACAGACAUGAAUCAGUGUGUGAAGUGUCCAGAGGAUGAGUAUGCCAAUACAGACCAAACUGACUGCCUCAAAAAAGUUGUGACAUUUCUGGAUUUUGAAGACCCCUUGGGAAUGGCUCUGGCUGGCUUGGCUUUGUGCUUCUGUGCUUUUACAGCUAUUGUACUCUGUGUCUUCUUGAAACACCGAGACACUCCCAUAGUCAAGGCCAAUAAUGAAACUCUCAGCUAUGUCCUAUUAAUUUCUCUCAUAUUUUGUUUUAUCUGUUCCUUGCUCUAUAUUGGUUAUCCCAGUAUGUUGAGCUGCAUCCUGGAGCAAAUCAUAUUUGCCAUUGCGUUCACUGUGGCUGUCUCUAGUGUCUUAGCCAAGACAAUUAUUGUAGUACUAGCAUUUAAGAUCACUGUUCCAGGAAGAAGAAUGAGUUGGCUGCUGCUUUCAAGGGCACCUAAUUACAUCAUUCCCAUAUGUACCAUGAUCCAAUUGAUUCUCUGUGGAAUCUGGCUGGGAACUUCUCCUCCAUUUGUUGAUGCUGAUAUUCACAUGGUACAUGGUCACAUCAUCAUUGUUUGUAACAAAGGUUCAGCAAUUGCUUUUUAUGGUGUCUUGGGAUACAUGGGCUCUCUUGCUCUAGCAAGUUUCACUGUAGCUUUCCUGGCCAGGAAUCUGCCUGACACAUUCAAUGAGGCCAAGCUCCUGACAUUCAGCAUGCUGGUGUUCUGCAGUGUCUGGAUCACCUUCCUCCCUGUCUACCAUAGCACUAAGGGCAAGGCUAUGGUUGCUAUGGAGGUCUUCUGUAUCUUGGCCUCAAGUGCAGGGAUACUCCUUUGCAUAUUUGUCCCAAAGUGCUACAUUAUUCUGUUGAGACCACAAAUAAACUCUUCUUAUGUGUUUAGGAAAAUGCAAGCUAAUGCUAAAAAUAUCAAUAGAAUUUAA